GUGUGCACGCUUUCAGUUAGGACGCCACACACGUCACACGCAACACAUCUGUUCAUCUGUCUAACAAUGCAGCAGCGCUGGUCAAAGUGGUCAAAGUAGAAAGAAGAAAAGGUGUGGCCAACUCCUGACAAGACCCCCAUCGCCCAAUCAGAUGGGAGGUAAACCUGGGGGGGGGGGCGGGGGUAUUAAACUCUAGCAGCUCAGAAGUCUCAGAAGGCAGGAGGGAGAAGAUGUUCCUCAUGGCGCUGUUUCUGUUUGUUCUGGCUCUGCUCCCCCUCAUCUGUUCUCAUGUCACUGAAGCUGCACAGGAAGUGAAAGUGAAGCCCGGAGAAGACGCCACUCUUCACUGUGGUCGUGACGGCGCUACCAUCGGAGUGUUGACCUGGAAGAAACUAAACAUCUAUCUCCUCUUCUUCCGGGACAAUCACUUGGUCGCGAACUUUCAGGAUCGGUCUUAUCGUGAUCGAGUGGCGCUGAUAGAUCCAGAGUUGAAGAGCGGCGACGGGUCGGUGGUUCUGAGGAACGUCACCUUCGAAGACGCCGGGAGAUAUGAGUGUUAUCUUAAAGAGGAACAACUAGGACGCAACAAGAGAGACACUGGCAUCAGAAGUGUCAUCGAUCUGAUCGUGGAAGACGAUCGUGGACCGACCGUGGACGGAGGAAACCAGGACGGACGUGUUGGAUUGAUGGUUGGUCUGUCGGUCGCUGGUGGUGUCGUUGCUGCUGCUGCUGCUGCUGCUGCUGUUAAAUACAGAAAGCGACCACCAUCAUCACCUGCUGAUGAUGGAAGUGACCUUUGACCUGUCUGAAAUGUCUCUGACCUCUUCUCUCUUUUCCAUGUGUGUGAAGGUGCCAAAGCAGCUGCUGGUUGUAGCGUUUUUUCUUUUCUAGCUGCUUGUUAAAGAGAAAACACACAAAUCAAAACAUGUAGAUUAUGAGAGAAAUGUUAUUAAUGUAUAUACAGAAGGAGCUUCAGACCCGAGACUUGCACUCGACAAUUUGCACACUGUAAAACUGUAAGAAAACUCUAACGUUGGAGACACUACAGUACUUGAAGUUACCUGAGCACCUCCUGAAAAGUCUGUCCAGCUUGUUUCGUGUUGCUGUAGUUUUCAUAAGCUUUGAAAAAACCUCUAAGAGUGGUACAACGUCCCACAAUGCAGCUGUGGUAUUUGUUCUCGAGCCUGGAUCACAUUAAACAGACUGGGAGAUUAUAAAAGCUAGUUGAUGUCCUGUUACGAACGGUCCGUUUGUUUCUCAUAUUGUUGCUUAUGUCAUUAAGUUAUGUUUAGUUUUGUGUGAAUAAAUGAUAUAUUUAUGUGUUGCCAACUGGGAAAAACUUCUAAAUCCCCCUUUGUAAAAGUUUGUGUUCAAGAAGGAAAUCCUAGACUUGAAGAGAUGUGGACCAUUCACUGUCUUCCUGAAGUACGUGUCUUUUUGAUAUUCAAUACAAACCACGCACAAAGACACGGCUCUAUCCAUGACACUCAACAACACACAAAGAGCUUAAAGUUCCUCAUCGUUUCAUUCCAACCUAUUUUCUCUGGAAGUUGGACUUUUUGUCGAUAAAAAGGAAUCAGAAAUAAAGACAAAAAAACCUGAGAGAAA